CCAGAGCUGCGCUGAGGCCGGAGGAAGGUCCCUUCCCCUUUAAAUGCAAAUCACAGCCCGAGGGCUCCGCGAACACCGCUGGUCCAGCGGUCCUGGGGACGCAGCCGGGUGGCACUGAAGCUGGAGCACAGGUGCUUCCCACGCGGCUCUGGGAUUCUCUCUGGGAUGGAGGAGCGGAGGAAGAAGCGGAGCCCCAGGGGUCAGCCAGCACCCAGCAGGGCAUCACGGCUUCUGCCCACCAGCAAGAGCACAUCCUUCGCCCUGCCACUGCCCGCCCUGCCCUCACAGCACGCCAGGCCCCGGCGGGCAAGCAAGGAGAGGGUGAGGGCAGGGGCAGCACGGGGGGCCCCGCUGCAGCACAGCUUCCUCACCGAGGUGUCGGAUGUGUGUGAGAUGGAGGGCGGGCUGCUCGGACUGCUCAGCGACUUCCACUCGGGCAAACUGCAGGCGUUUGGGAAGGAAUGCUCCUUCGAGCAGCUGGAGCACGUGCGUGAGAUGCAGGAGAAGCUGGCGAGGCUGCACUUCGGGCUGGACGUGUGCGUGGAGGAGCUGCCGGAGGAGCAGAAGAAGGUGGUGGCUGACAGGAACCUGGACCAGCUGCUGGCACACCUGGAGGAGCUCAGCAGCUCCAUGUAUCCUGCACGGGCGGGGGGUGGUGAUGGCGGUGAUGGUGAUGAUGAUGGAGGUGAUGAUGGCGGUGGUGCUGCAGGGCACGCUGUGUUGCUUUCCCUUGACACCAGCCCAGUCAGAAGCUGCACCUGGCGGAGACCCCCAGCCCUGAGGAGGCCGCGGCCUGACGCACCUUCGGCUGCGGGACAGGCCGGGACAGCGGAUCGCCCCGUUCCCACCCUUGGGGCUCAUGGCGGUGACACGGGGUCACCGAGCCGCCCCCCCCCUCAACCCGCCGCCAUCUUGGUCGGCCGCACACAGUGGGGCUGUGACAUCAUCAGAGCGCGCCGUGACGUCAUCGGGCGGCGCCCCCCCGGUUGCUCCGGACGCCAUGGCGGCGGUGUCGGGUCCGCGGGACGAGGCCGAGGAGCGGCGGCUGCUCCGCGCUGUGACCCGGCUGCAGGCCGCUGUGCGGGGCUUCCUGCUGCGGAGGACAAUGCGGGACGUGCGGGCGGAGUACGAGCAGCUGGUGCUGGACGUGGAGGGGGAGCGGGGCCGGCUGCGAUGGACGGGCCGGUACCUGCGCACACCCGUGUUCCUGCCCGAGUUUCUCACAUUUGUCUCCUAGAAGCCAGUGAAGGAGAAGUGCUCAGCCCUGCAGGAGGCUGUAUCAAGUCACAAGGGCAGCACAGAGAAGACACAGCAGGAGCUGGAUGUUUUGAAACCGGAACGGGACUGGGGCUCCAGCAAUAGCAUGAAACAUGUGGCCCAGCUGCAGAGUGAGAAAGAACUGAGCUCCAUGGGGGAAUGCAAUGGAGCAAACCCCCCAAAUCUAGGGGCUGUCGCAGGUAAAAGCACUGAAAAAAGGCGCAGUGUCCCAGCACAGAGCAAGGAGUGGCAGAACACCAGCAGUGUUUCAUCUGUGUGGGACAGCACUGACCUGGAACCAGGCUCCCUCAAUGCUUGCAUGGGUAAGAGAUAGCAGCCCCUGCAGGUGUGGUAUUCUGCCAUGUGGUUUGAAUAACCAGCUGCAGGUGGUGAAGUAGGUCCUUGGAGAAUCAAACCCUUGAGAAUGUACUGGAGAGUUCAGAAUCUCUCAUUGGAGGACAGAGAUAUGCAAUUUAAGUAUUCUAGCAGUAGCUUCUUCCAAUUCUUUGCAGAAAUUCCACAUGUGGAUUUAAAGGAGCUUCCCCGAACUCGGCCUGGCCUCCAGUCCUUCAGAAAUCACUUGAUCAUGGAGCUGCUGUGGUUGCAACAAGCUAUUGACAGCCGU